GACGUGGCGACGAGGAUCGAGGCUGAGAGGAAACCAUGUCGGACCUGGGCUCCGAGGAGUUGGAGGAGGAGGGAGAGAACAAUAUUGGGGAGUACGAGGGGGAGCGCAACGAGGCCGGCGAGCGGCACGGGCACGGCAGAGCACGGCUGCCCAAUGGAGACGUGUACGAAGGCAGCUAUGAGUUCGGGCAGAGAAGUGGCCAGGGGGUCUACAAAUUUAAAAAUGGUGCCCGAUACACUGGACAAUAUCUUAAAAAUAAAAAGCACGGUCAAGGCAUUUUUAUAUACCCGGAUGGAUCCAGAUAUGAAGGGGAGUGGGCGGACGACCAGAGGCACGGCCACGGCGUGUACUACUACGUCAACAACGACACCUACACCGGGGAGUGGUUCGCUCACCAAAGGCAUGGGCAAGGCACCUACUUCUACGCGGAGACCGGCAGUAAGUACGUCGGCACCUGGGUGCACGGCCAGCAGGUGGGCGCGGCCGAGCUCAUCCACCUGAACCACAGGUACCAGGGCAAGUUCCUGAACAAAAACCCCUUCGGGCCUGGAAAGUACAUAUUUGACAUCGGAUGUGAGCAGCACGGCGAGUAUCGACUGACGGAUGUGGAAAGGGGAGAAGAGGAGGAGGAGGAGGAGGCCACGGUAAACGUCAUUCCAAAAUGGAAAGCUACCCAGAUCACAGAUCUGACUCUGUGGACCCCGACCCUCCCAGAGCAGCGGCCCCCCUCGGAGGGGCCUGGCCAGGAAGAGACGCUCGGAGCGGAGGGUGCCGCGGAGAUGGAGGAGGAAGCCCAGGCUCUGUCCGAAGGAGGCUUUGAGGGCGAGCUGGACCUGCGGCCGGGAGAGGAGGACGCGGACGCCUGGGAGUACAAUUAUGACGUGGACCAGGCGAACUCCGUCGUGGAGGAAGAUGACGGCAGACAGGAGCUGCAGGACUAGGAGCCGGCGGCAGCAUGAGUCCUCCUCCCUCGUUAGGUCGGGCGCUGUGGGCUCAAGGCACGUCCAUUUUCCCCGCGGAUGACUCAGCGCAUCCUUUAUGGCGGAGUGGUGCUGCCUGGUGUAGGAACCCUUCAGUCCUUCUGCUUAUAUUUUUUCGGCCAGUGAAUGCUUCUUGUGGUGAUAAUUUCCUGACGUUUACUCUGGGGAUAUUACAAAGUUCUCAUGUGUCCUCA